UACAUAUAUAGCUUUCCUUAAUCUCUCUCGUGAGUCGCAAACUCACAACAAUUGGCAGGUGAUAUUGUCGUAACGCCUUCAGCUAAAUCUGUCCAUCUGUACGGUCUUCUUCUUUAUAAAUCUUUAACUCUUCACCACUAACACCAACUUCUCUCUUCUCUCUUUUCUCUGCUCUUGAUUUCCUCUGUUUCGGAUUUGCUCUGUUUCACUCUGUUUUCCUCUGUUUCUUUUGGUUUUUAUUCUGUCUCUGUCUGUCCAAAGAUCUCUCCUUUGUUUUCUAGACAAGAAUAAUCAAAUGGAAUCUACUGAACUACACGACAUAGAUUUUAUUUCAAAGCCCUUUUCUGAGCCAACUUUCUUCACUCCAACCACAAGCUCUCUCCGACCCGACUUCGUAUCCGACGAACCUGAUUCACCAAAAGCACAAAAAGAAGACGAAGAAGACGAGUACAUCACCGAAUUGACUCGCCAGAUGACUAACUAUAUGCUUCAAGACGAUGAAAAGCAUCAAAAGUCUUGUGGUGGUGGCUCUGGUUCGCCGCAAUCAACUCUCUGGUCACCAUUUGCUUCCGGUUUGAGCAGUCCAAUUGCCCCUUCCCGUGAACCAUCGCCGCCGUUAACUCCAGCGACGACGGUGGAGAAAAUCAUGACAAAGAUUGAUACAAAACCUGUAACGAUCCCUUUUGAAUCCAAACAAGCUCUAAUCGAUGACCAGAUCCGAUCCAUUCAAGCAAACUUCCAGAAGAUCAAAAAGGAGAAAGAGAAAGAGAGGCAACGCAACGCUGACGUUUUGGGACACAAAGCAAGGAACUACCACCACCUCCACCACCACCAGAGAGUCAGGUCAGGCGUGAAGGCGGUGUUCGUUGACGGGUCGGGUUCAAGAACCGGGUCGGGUGGAACCGGAGUGUUCUUACCACGUGGUCAUGGUACCGUUGUGGAGCCACGCAAGAAAUCAGGAUGUUCAACAGUAAUAAUACCAGCAAGAGUAGUUGAAGCCUUGAAAGUUCACUUUGACAAAUUGGGUGUUCCUUCUACAUUCUCUUCUGAUAUCCCUCCUUUUCAUGAUGCUUUGUUGGUGUCCAUGAAGAACAAAAACAACAAAGGUAACAAAAUUACUUCAUCGUCUCGGGCACAAAGUGGAUCACCGUACGUAAUGGAGAUGUCGGCCGAGAGCCACCAAGAACCACCGGCGGAUUUGCCACAGGAAUGGACGUACUGAUAAAACAUGCUCUUGGUUGCUGCAGUUAUAGGUUUUCAAAAGGUAGGGUCUUUUCGGAUUGAAUAUCUUCUAGUGGGUGAAAAUAAAAUAAAAAAUAAAAAAAAAAGAAAGCUUUCAAAAACCAUUAUUUUUUUAUUGGAAGUAUAUAGAUUUUAAAAGUUGGUGAAAUUUUCUUUUAUUAUUGUGAUAAAAUCAAUAAUUCUUGUGAUAAAGGAACAAUAAAAUGAGCAUAUAUAUGCUCAUAUAUAUCGCAUGCCUAUUGUAGUAAGGGAUUGUUUGUUUUUAUGUAAGAUUCCUUGUAAUAAAAGCAUUAUGCAUCUCGCCAGACGCCAGUGUAAUAAAAAAGCUUUUAUUUGAUUA